AUGUUUAACGCUCUCUUUGGUUUGGGCGUCAACAUCGUUGGGGGAUUUGGUUUCUCGAGCUCAACUACGGUGGGCGAGGUUGUCGCACGCGAGGAUUUAUCGUUGCACCUUCAGUCGCAGCGUGGGAAUGGAAGAGGCUUGGCGUCGCUCAAAGCAUUCGUGGAGCGCUGCGGCCAGGAACUCGUCCAAGCAGCACUACAGCCCUCUUGCGGCAAGGGGGCUGGCUUUUCAGCCGGAGGGGGAGAGUCCUCAAGGAACCGCUCCCAACAAGGGGAAACCCGGGCCCAGAAGCAGACGCUUUUUAGCGAGAAUGCCACAGAGCUGAUCACAUUUUAUUUGGAUGCUUUUGAGGACGCGGAGUUGUUUAUUAGGCGCGUGGUGGCGGCGGCGAUCCGUGCCCUUGGGACUACAGCGCCGCUGCCGCCGCUGGCCGCUCGGUGUUUCCAGCGCAUCAUUUUGAAAGCCUUCGACGUGGAUCCUGAAAACGCAACGGCCGCCAUCGCCGCAGUCUUGGACGAGGAGUUGCUUAUCAACAUCAUUCGCCACAUUUCCACGAAUUAUGUUGUGUGUGAAACCGUUGCAGCCUUGUUUGAAACGACCCGGCGGGACACAGGUCGCGUUCCUUUUUCUACGGCGUCACCGGUGUUUGUUGAGGCCUGUGUUCGAUUGCGUUUAGCGGAGCACCUUGCUGCAUAUAUGGCGGUCGCGCUGCGCACCGAAAGUUGCCAGCCGUACUUUAGUUUCUGGAAGGAACUGGUCAAACGCGGCUACAACCAGACUGCGGGGCCCGUCGUGGAUGAACUUAUGAAGUAUGAAUUGUUGUCUGCGUACGUAAAAGACAUCCUCCAGGGCUGCGAGGAAUCCAGGGCAAUUCCAGGGGCUGUUCCACUUGCCGCCCAGGGUGUGGAGGUGUACCACGGCAUCGUAGCCCUGGUGCGAACCUCCCUUGUCCCCGCUGAAGUCUGCCAAAUGUACUCCAUGAAUGCCAUGGCGAUCGCCCCUAUCAAGCUUUUGGCCGUGUACUUUAGGCGGUUUUGUGACCUAAUACCUUUGGGUGGGGCAGCAGCUUCAUCUCGUUUGGAUUCCGUGCGAAUUGCGCUGUGCGCGCUGUUUGCGGAAGUUCUUUGCUUUCGGCUGCGCGAUACGGACCGCAUCAUUGCAGAGUCCGACUUCUUAGGAAGCUUGCUAGCAGUCAGCACCCAACACCCACACUGCCACAGCCUUUCAAUGCUGCUGCAGCGGUCCCUUCUAUCGAUCUUUUCGGGUGCUAAAGCAGAGGCCGGCAAUCUUUUGUUACAACACGUCCUGGCAACAGAAAACUCACGCAGGCCAGGUUUUCUUUCGGAAUGUGUGGGGCUUUGCGUGGGCGACGGCUUUCAGCACACGCCGCUUAGCGCGCUGAUGGCGGAAGCUUGGCAAACUUUGGCCAAAAGAUUACCCCUUACGGAUUCAUGCGGGGCACUGCGGCACGCUAUUGAAUUAUUCUUAACAAAUGAGCAGCUGCAGGGGCGGAUUCGGGGCAUUGAGCGGCCCAUCACGGGCGAGGGCUUUGCAGCCGCGGUGCCGGGGAGCAAAGAGGGGAUACGCCACCGCCCUACUAUCAACUACGUUUCGCGGCCGGACUCCCAGGGCCCCUCCUCGUUCGCUCUCGCUGCGCCUUCCUCCACCAACCGGGGGGGCCCGCAUGGAGGAGGCAAGCGAGCGGGCGCCCACACUUCGGAGGAGUGGCCCGGGGCGAGCCCCGGCCAGGGGACGGCAGCCCCGGGCGGCGCCAUCAGUGACGCCGCGUUCGCCGCGCCAGAGGCAACGACGAGCGAGACGGAGGACUCUGUCACCGUGGGCCUGGCAUGGGCAGAGGAGGUGGCGUUGGCCGAGGCGCCUUCGCGAGCGGGAGGCGCGCCCUCAUAG